UGUUUUAUCUCAAAAACGCCAACCGGAAGUGGCAAAGACAAGCAUGGCUGCGGAGCGGGAAAGAGAGUUGAUGUAUCUGGCUAUUCCCUGUGGGUCCAGUGAGGCACUGUCAGCUACAUGGGGGCUGGGCAACCAGCUGUAUGUUUACCCACAGGGGCGACCAGAGACACUCAGCAAAAACCGACGACAGGGAGCGGGGACAUCUGCUGCUGAGGUAUCUGACAUCCGAUGGAACACUGAGAUGCAUGGACCAGUCACACGCAAACUUGUCAACGAGUCACACAAUAUCUUCGUGAUGCUCCAGGGGCAAGUCAACAGCCUGUCUGGGACCGCCCUACACACACAACUGGUGAAGGCCAGCAAGCAGUACCGCUCCGUCCUGAAGGCCUGCAGCAUGGAGCUGUUGCACCUCGCAGACACAACCCAGGAUGACCACCAGCGGGCUUACUUCGAGGAUCAGCUGCAGAUGUUUGAGAUGAUUCAGCUCAUCUGGAGCCUCUGUGAGAUACUCUUUGUGGACACAAGCUCAGAUGGGCUGGUGUUGCGGCAGCUGCUGGACUGGCUGAGAUGGCACUUCUCUGAGGGGAAAAGGAUGGCAAUGGAAGUACACAGAGACGAGCAGCCAGACUCGCACCCCAUGUACUGGGACGCUAUCUACCGACUGACUCUCCAAGGGGAGGCUGAGAGCGUGAGGAGGCUUCUGUCCCAGCACUCCUCGGCAAACUCAUCCGAUGCAUUUGCUGUCAUGGAUGAACUGCUCCGGAAAAUGCCACAAGCACAUCAGUACAAUCACAUCCCGUCGGCGGCGGAGUACGACAUGAAGUGGCGACACUGGAGGGAAGAAUGUGGCCGGGUGAUGGAGGAGGGACAGUUUGCUGCCUUCACCAACUUGGAGACGUUAGCUCAGAUUUUGUGCGGUGAUGAUGCAAUAUUUACUGAAAUGAAGGACUACUGUGAAACUUGGUAUCACCUGCUUGUAUCGAAGAUGUUGUAUCAGAACCCGACUGUCAAAGCCCUGGACCUUCACUUCCAUGUGCAGAGCUGUAUGGAGGAGUUCUGUCGUGUGGGAGCUCGUAUGGGAGAGCUGGACAACAUUCUGCAGGCAGCCAUUGAGUUCGACAUCCAUCAAGUGAUCAAGGACAGCAGUGCGUUUCUGAGUACCGGCAACUGGUGGUUCGUGUCUCACCUGACUGACAUCCUCCACCACUGCGGCCAGCUCGACACACACAACCUCGCGUUUGGGUCAAAUUUGCGAGAGUUUCUGUUGCUGGAGUAUGCUUCAACUUUAAUGUCACACAAAAGCUUGUGGCAGGUUGGGGUGGACUAUUUCGACUGCUGUCCGGUGUUUGGAAGCAAGUACCUGGAGCUGUACAUCGAGCGUAUUCCCCUGGAGACGGAGAAGAAGGCCCAGAAAGUGCUGCACAUCUGUGAGGAGAGGAACAUGAUGGACCAAGCACAGAGUAUCUGCAAGUUGAUGGGCAUGAAGAGCUACAGGAAUGGCCGCCUGGGUUCAGCUCUCUCCUGGUUUCUGCAGUCUAAGGACGUCGCAGCUGCCACGAGGUUAACAGAGAAAUUUCUCCUGGAGUAUGGCGAGAGGGGGCAGUUCUCUCACCUUGAUCUCCUUGACAACCUUGGAUCAUCUAUGUUACUUAGCAACAGGCUGACAUUUCUUGGAAAAUACCGCGAGUUCCAGAAACUGUAUGAAGACCAUGACUUUGAUGGCGCUGGCUCCUUGCUACUGUCCCUUCUCUCUGCAAGACUUGCUCCCAAGAAUUUCUGGAUCACGCUGCUGAUGGAUGCCAUGCCGCUGCUGGAGGCACCCAAGGUGAUCUUCAGCAGCAGCAAGACAUACGAGAUGAUGCAUUGUCUGGAGGAACUCACACAAGAGCUCAUCAGGGGAGAUAACUCUCAAUACAGUACUUCAAAGGGUCUGACGGAUGUGGAGAAUGAGCGCCUGGAACUGCUCCGCCUCGCGCUCACACGGAACCUGUCCCGAGCGAUCAUACAUGAAGGCACCAUCACCCCCUCCUGAUACCCACGACUGACAUGUUGGGUUGACCGGUGUAAUGUCCUUAUUCCAGCUACACUCCCUGCAUAUCGCCGGGGCAGUGGGAACUGAGUGGCAACAUGACAACAAUGAUGGCUGUGUGUGAACUGUUUCUUCAUGUGUUCACGAAAUGUGUCUGACAGUUGUGAGCCAUCUAAGCGUGGUGAUUGACCAGCGUGGAGGUUCAAGAUGGCACAGUGAACUAAGUGGAAGUAUGUUAUGCUGGAGCUGUGUAAGACAGCCCACACUGAUACAAGACUCGGUGAGAUUGUGUGGAAGUCACCGGGAGUGGACACUGACCAGAGGAUAACCGUGAUGACCCAUACUGAACUGAAAGGGCGGAUGUCGGCAUGUCAAGUGUUUCCGCUACAUACAUGUCCUGCAUCUGUGUUCAUAAAUGCUCCUAAUGAUUGCUUAAAAAUGUAAUGAAAUAAAAAAUACUUUUGAUGA